UCAAAAUUUCAGAUUUGCUUUAGCUUUCUUGUCAGAUAAUUCAUUUACAACGAUUACAACAGUACUAUAAACAUCGUUGGGUAAUAAUGAAUAAAAAAUUUGAAAAUUAAAAAAUAAGAGACAAUUAUUUUUAUUGGCGCAAUAUGAUUAGAAAUCAUCAAAUAUUAGUUUAUUAUUCUUCAAGAAUAAUAUGGAGGAUUUUUCUAACAGACAAGUGACCAAAAAAUUCAAAUCAACAAUGACAACAUCAACAUCAAGAAACCCUUUGAUAGCUGUAUGUCAAAUAACAUCAACUCAAGACAAAGAUAAAAAUUUUGAAACUUGUAAAAAUUUACUAUCUCAAUCCAAAGAUCGAGGAGCAUGUAUGGCUUUUUUUCCUGAAGCUUGUGAUUAUUUAGCAGACAAUAAAAAAGAUACUGUAGCAAUGAGUGAGUUCCAAGAUGGGCCAACAGUGACAAAAUACAAAAAUCUUGCAAUAAAUUAUGAUAUGUGGUUGUCACUGGGUGGAUUACAUGAAAAAUUAUCUAAUGAUUCAGAGAAGAUAGCCAACACUCAUGUUGUAAUCAAUAAUAAAGGAGAAAUUGUAUCUUCAUAUAGAAAAAUUCAUCUAUUUGACAUGGAGAACAAAGAUACAGGUGUAAGAUUAAUGGAAUCAGAUUAUGUGAUGGGAGGAAGUGAAAUUGUUCCUCCGAUACUCACUCCAAUUGGUAAAUUAGGUUUGAGUAUUUGUUACGAUAUGCGAUUUGCGGAGUUAUCUUUGAUACUCAGAAAUUUAGGAGCUGAUAUUCUAACAUUUCCAUCAGCAUUUACCUAUCAAACGGGGGCAUCACACUGGGACGUUUUACUACGAGCUCGAGCGAUUGAAACCCAAUGUUAUGUUAUAGCUGCCGCUCAAACUGGCGUACACAACAAAAAGCGAACUAGCUGGGGUCAUUCUAUGAUAAUAGACCCAUGGGGUACAAUUAUAGCACAAUGUUCAGAAAAAAUUGGUAUUGCUGUCGCAGAAAUUGAUUUACAGUUGUUAGAAAAAAUUCGUAAAAAUAUGCCAUGUGACAAUCACCGUCGAACUGAUUUAUAUCCACUGAUGAAAGUGUUACAUUAACAAAGAAGUAAACGUAUGUUGUACUUGAUUUCGACUUGAUUAGCUAUAUUUUAUUUAAGAAUAAAUAUUAUCACUAUU